CGUUAGAUCUGUAUUGUGGAUGUGUUUCUUUCACUGUGGAAAGCUUUACUCAUAUUUUUGCCUUGAAAUUAGUUUUAAUUGUUGAUUUUUCACAACUUCAAACCAAUUACAAGAUGGUGCAGUCUUGUUGUGCUAUAAACUGUACGACCAGAAGAGAAAAAGGGGUGAAAUUAAAAUUUCUGAGUAUACCCAAGGAUCCCGCAAGGAGGAAACAGUGGUUAGUUGCCAUAAGAAGGGAGAAUUUUAAUCCGAGUGAUAGGACAGUUAUAUGCGAAAAUCACUUUACAAAGGACGAUUUUGAGCUAAAUGUACAUGGAAAUACAGUUCUCAAGAAAACUGCAGUGCCUUCUGUUUUUAAUUUCCCCGUACAUUUACAGCAAAAAGUAGUAAUAAGGAGACCUUUAAAACGAAAGAUAUCUGAUAACAAAGAACAUGGUGCUAUUGCCAGUACAUCAGGCAUAAAUACUGAACCAGUAUUAGGAGUUAUGUCAAGUGAAUCUGUCAGUGCUGAAAAUGAGGAUAUAGAUUCUGAGCAACCUACUACUACAUCUCAAAUGGAAUUCCCUAAAAGAAGACGAAGAGAUCCAAUUUUCUUUGGGGACUUCAAAGAAAGUGAUUUAGAUGAUGUGCAGAAGAGAAAAAGAUUUUGGAAGGUAGCUCAUCAUACUAUAGCAAAGUCUAGGAGAAAUAUCAGGUAUUAUCAGUGCAUAGCCAGAAGACAAAAGAAGAAGAUAAAAAGCCUUAAUUUAUUGUUGGACGAAUUGAUGGAAAAAGAGAAAAUUUCAUCACAGCAGCUCAUGGUAUUGAAGGUAAACUAUUUAUUUUUUUGCAUCACACAUAGUUGGUUUGUUUGUUUUCUGUAAAUACUUAGUAGUUUGCAUCUUGUUCUUAAUGUUCAGCUGCUGCACAAUAAAAUCCUUUGAUCAGUAGAAUAAUUACUUGCUCAUGGGAAGAAUGCGAGGCACAUACACACAUAUGUAUAGUUGAUUGUAUAGUAUGUAUAUAUGCUCCAUGAAGAAAGCAGCGCACUAACAGGCUCCAUUACCAUUGUUUAAGCAAGGUUCUUUUUUAUAUUUCUAGGAAAGUAUUCCUGAAGUACAAAAAGCCGUACUGUUUAGGCACCUCAAAAAGGGCAUCAAAGGAGGAAAAUAUAGCCCUCAACUGAGAUGCUUUGCUUUAACAUUAAAUUUUUAUUCUUCUUCUGCAUAUCAGUAUGUUAGAAAAGUGUUUGGCAAAAAUUCUCUCCCGCAUCCUAGAACACUAACAAAAUGGUAUUCUACUGUAGAUGGUACACCGGGGUUUAGUGCAGAAGCAAUACGGGCUGUCAAAAUGAAAGUUGACAUUGAAAAAGGAAAAGGAAAGCAACUUAUAGCAGGUCUUGUGAUUGACGAGAUGUCCAUUCGUGAGCAUGUACAUUGGACUGGUAGUAGGAAUGUUGGAUACAUUGAUUAUGGAACUGGUAUGCAGAAUAGUGACCAACUACCACAUGCAAAACAUGUAUUUGUGAUAAUGCUUGUAGGUUACAAUACAAGGUGGAAGGUUCCCAUUGCCUAUUUUUUAGUAGAUGCUUUAUCUGCUGAAGAAAAGGCAAUGUUAAUUAAAGGGUCUUUCCUUCAGUUGGAAACAACUGGGGUGCUGAUUAAAAGUAUCACAUUUGAUGGGUGUGCAUCCAACAUUUCGAUGGCAAAUUUGCUGGGAGCAAAGCUCAGUUUUCCUGGAAUGAAACCACAUUUCAUAAACCCAGUGAAUAAGGAAAAAGUACAUAUCAUUUUGGACGCAUGCCACAUGAUUAAAUUAGUACGUAAUACUUUGGGUGAUUGGGGCAUAUUAUGUGAUGGAAAUGGAGACUCCAUUAAAUGGUAUUAUUUUAAAGAACUGGUGAAGCUGCAAGAGGAAUCAGGGCUUCAUUGUGCCACUAGACUAAGGUCUCGACAUAUUAACUAUUACAAAGAAAAAAUGAAAGUGAAGCUUGCUGUCCAGACCUUUAGUGCUAGUGUUGGUGAUGCCCUAGAAUACUGUAAUCAGGACUUGAAUAUUACAAAAUUUAGAGGUAGUGAAGCAACUGUUUCUUUCUGUCGAAAAAUUAACAAUAUUUUUGACGUUUUAAAUGUUAGAAAUUUCUAUGGGAAAACUCCUUGUAAAAGGCCUCUUUUCAAGGGAAACAGCGAAACCUUCAAAAAUUUUAUCAAAGAAUCUGUAGAAUAUUUAAGUUCAUUGACAGAUCAAAAGCACGAUAAAGUAAUAGAAACAGGCAGGAAAACUGGUUUUCUAGGACUCAUUGUUUGUUUGUUAAGUGUUAGGAAUUUAUUUGAAGAUGUGGUUGAGGGUGAUAAGUUACAGUUUUUAUUAACUUAUAAGCUAAGUCAAGAUCAUCUUGAAAUGUUUUUUUCAGCAAUCCGUUCAAGGGGAGGCUUUUCGAACAACCCGACUGCCUGGCAUUUCGAAAAUGCAUAUAAAAGACUGUUAAUUCAUAGUGAAAUAACUACCUCAGAUAGUGCAAAUUGUCUGGCACAGGACAAUACCUCGAUUUUAAAUGUUACCAUUGAAAGCAAAAAUAACUCAAUUUUUACUACUGACUAUUAUAUGAACAGACAGAAUCUUCAGAUGCGGAAGAUGAGUUAUUCAUUAAAAACUAUAACACAAUUGCCAACUGCACAUAUAUUUGUGACAUUGUUGAAUAUAUUGCUGGGUUUAUCAGCAAGAAAUUAGUUAAAGCAUUAAAUUGUAAUGAAUGUGCUAAUGCUUUAACUUCGGACAAUUCUUUGUCGCUGCUUUUAAAUAAAAAAAAUCGAGGAGGUCUCUGUAAGCCAUCCAGAGAUGUUGUGAAAGUGUGCAUAUGUGCAGAAGGCUUAAUCAAAUCAGAAUCAAACUUUCGACACACUAUUCGUUGGCUUGAAAAGUCAUUUCCAGGAUCAGGAUCCAUUGCCUGCAAUUAAUUAGGCUUAUAUUAAAAAAUUACUUUUCAAUUAGAAUACACCACAUCAACACUACAAAAAAUGAACCGCGCUAUAGAAUAAGGCAACAUCUGACCAAAACUAUCACCUUUAGCCAUCAAUAAUUCUUUUUUUUUAUAUAGAAUAACUUUUUGUAAUAUCAAUAAUUAUCAUUAAGAAUUUUUCAUACUGUAUUCUGUAGAUUAAGGUUUUUGUUUUGUAAGUACGUG